UAAACACCCAAUAAAAACUCAAUCUGGAUAGACAGGUCCCACAUGACCGAGUGGAUAACAAAUUUCACCACCAAACCGUAUGUGCUGGUAGGGAGAGAAAAAAAAAAUGGCUACAAACAUUGUUCACGGCGUCAAUAACUACCACUGCCACCAAAUAUCACGGCGGCUAUGUUUCAGUUACCACCAUGAACGGACCUCCGUCACGGUAACUUCAUAUUUGAAGCAUUCGAUUAGGCUGCAAAGGCAAAUUAGGGCUCCGAGAUCGUUAGUUGCGCGUAAGUUUACUAGAAUUUCUGCUUCGCUUGACCUGACGGAAGACAAUGUGAAGCUGGUUUUGGAUGAUGCUAGAUCAAAGUUUUCACACAUAUUUGAUACAUCAGUAGGGAUGACAGGAGUUGCAGAGUUGGCUGAAGUUGAUGGACCAUUUGUGAAGAUUAGACUCAAGGGCCGAUUCUGGCACGAACGGUCCCUCGUGUUAGCCCGGCUCGGGAACUAUUUGAAGGAAAGGAUCCCUGAGAUAUUAGAGGUGGAUAUUGAAGAUGAGAAGCAAUUGGAUGACAGCCCAGAAAACUUUUAAUGUUUCCCUAUCAGUUAUGUCAGUUAUAAAACAUGUUUCAUAUGUCAAAUUCAAUAUCACAUCUUGGUAAUUUGUGUUUGAACAAUAGACAAGUAAUCAAUAUAGCUAUUUAGUUGCCGGUUA